GAGGUUGGGGCGGGGGGGGUGGGGGAGUUGUCUCCGUUUCACGGAGGCUAGUCGGAGCCUCGGCGUCGGCGGCGCGCACCGUGGCCCCGCGGCGGGGGCGAGACUUGGGACGGCCGUGUUUGCCUUCCCGACCUAGACCUGGACCUCUCCGCGACCCCGCUCCGCCCACCGAGUCCGAUGGCGGCGGCCGCGCCCACGGACCCGGCUCAGGUCUGUGUGAUCUCUGAGGACGUGUUCGUGUGCUUCUCCCGGGAAGAAUGGAUGCUCCUUGAUGAUUCUCAGAGACUUUUAUAUCAGGAUGUGAUGCUGGAGAACUUUGCACUUUUAGCCUCACUGGGAAUUGCAUCCUCCAGAUCACACUUAGUCACCCAACUGGAGCAAAGGGAAGAUCCCCGGAUGCCUGAUCAGGUGGAUAUGACCCCAGCCACAGAAAGAGAGGCUCAGAAGGGACUUGGACCUGGUUGUUGGUGUGCAGUGGAGGAUGAGGCUACGUUCUCUGAGCAGAGUGUUUCUUUAGAAGGAGUGUCACAGGUCAGGACUCCGGUGGCAGGUCUGAAGCCCCAGCCAUGUGACAUAUCUGGCUCAAUAUUGAAAGAAAUCUUACAUCUCACUGAAUACCAGGGGGGAGAAGCCAGGCUGGAACCACACACGGGUGGGGCCUGUUGGAAGCAUUUCUGGCUCAGUGCAAAUGUCCAUCAGCACCACGCUGCAGAGAAAUCCUUCAGAAGAGAUGAGGGCAGGGACUCUGUGAAAAGCUGCAGAUUCUAUGUGCCAGAAAAGACGUAUACAUACAGUGAGCGUAGAAUGGACUUUCCAGCCACCUCUGACCUUCUUCAGCACCAGGUCCCCCACAUUAGAAUGAAGCCCCACAAGAACCCCAGGCUUGGGGAAGCCCUUUGCCCUGGACAGCGGCAUCACAAGUGCAUUGAAUGUGGGAAAUUGUUUACCCGCAAAGACACACUUACACGGCACCAGAGAAUCCAUACUGGCGAAAGGCCUUAUGAGUGCAACAAAUGUGGGAAAUUCUUUAGUCAAAGCUGUGACCUUUUUAAACAUGAGACCAUACACACUGGAGAAAGACCUUACGAGUGCAGCGAAUGUGGGAAAUUCUUUAGACAAAUCUCUGGCCUGAUUGAACACAGGCGAGUUCACACUGGUGAAAGACUCUAUCAGUGCAGUAAUUGUGGAAAAUUCUUUAGUAGUAAGUCUAACCUCAUUAGACACCAAGAAGUUCACACAGGAGCAAGGCCUUAUGUAUGUAGCACAUGUGGGAAAGAGUUCAGCCGCAAACACACACUUGUUCUGCACCAGAGGACUCACACUGGAGAAAGGCCUUAUGAGUGCAGUGAAUGUGGGAAGGCCUUUAGCCAAAGUUCCCACCUUAAUGUACACUGGAGAAUUCAUAGCAGUGAUUACGAGUGCAGCAGGUGUGGGAAGGCGUUUAGCUGCAUCUCUAAACUCAUUCAGCACCAGAAAGUUCACUCUGGAGAAAAUCCUUUUGAGUGCAGCAGAUGUGGGAAAGCCUUUACCCAGAGGCCAAAUCUUAUUCGGCACUGGAAAGUUCAUACUGGAGAACGGCCUUACGUGUGCAGCAAAUGUGGGAAAGAGUUUAACCGCAAACACACACUUGUUCUCCAUCAGAAGAUUCAUACUGGAGAAAAGCCUUAAUACCGCAGCAGAUGUGGGAAAUCCUUUAGCCAAGGGCCCCAACUUAUUGUCCAUUUGAGAAUUCCUAGCAGUGAUUAUGAGCACAGCAGACAUCGGAAAGCCUUUACCCAAGGACCAAACUUUAUUCAGCACUGGAAAAUCCACACUGGACAGAGGCCUCAGCAGUACAGGGAAUGUGCUCUCUCCUUGUUCAGCCUGACAGCUCUCCCCAGAGUGAAGCUCUGAGAGUAGGCUUUGUGACGGAGCCAUCUUUCAGGUGUGGUACCUCACACAUCUGAACAUCUGUACUAGGGAGGUUCCUUGUGAGUGCCUGGUACGUCAGGUGCUGUCAGGAGCUGUGUUGCACAUUGUAAAUUGCCAAGUCCUUUUGUCAGUGGCAAAAGCUGUCCCACUAUUACCAUCUCUCAGAGUCCCACAGUGCGUGUUAGUCACUCCAGCAUGCUUAGGCAGGCAGACCUGUGCUGUCUCCACAGUCCCUAGAAGGAGCCAUGAUUGGACUCCGUGGCCCAUGGGGGGCCUUGUUUCCUCCCUUUUGUCUUGGUUAGGCAUGGAAAAAAUCAGCACACAAGAUGGGUUUUCCAGGUAGCUUGCAAAGGUUUAUCUUGAUGGACUUUUUCGUCUCGUGUGAUGCUCGUUGCGGAUGUGUGCAGUCUCAUAGCCUCCAGCCCUGGAAUCACAUGCCUCACAUCACUCAUGUUUAUACAAUCAUAAAGGGCUUAUUCUUUGAGCUACUUUUAUUUUUUUUUAAAAAAGAUUUUAUUUAUUUAUUAGAGAGCCCGAGUGGGGUUGAGGGGGGUGGGCAGAGGGAGAGGGAGAAGCAGGCUCCCUGUUCACCUGAUGCGGGGCUCGAUCUCAGCGUCCCGGGAUCAUGACCUGAGCCAAAGGCAGAUGCUUAACCGACUGAGCCACCCAGGUUCCCCUCUUUGAGCUACUUUUAAUCUGGAGGGUUCUGCUCAUUGUGUGGAGUGUGUUGAGGACACAGUUUUGUUCUACCAACAUAAAAAGAUAAAGUUUGUGGGAAUCCCCUGUUUUCCAUGUCUCAGAGGGGACAUGGUGACGGCAGAGAAAAGCUCUCACUCCAGGUUUGGCCUAAUUUGCAUUGCUACCCAAGGUCCUCUAGGAAAGACUUAGGAGCUCUCUCAGACCUGUCAUGGCAACUUGGGUGCUAGUUUAAUUUGUGGGUCCAUAAGUAACUCUGUGGAGAGCUGGUUGUGACAACCUCCAGUGCAUCUGGAAGCAGAAUGAGUUUGGUCCCUUGUCCCUGUGGAAUGUUUCAUACCCCAAGCACUAUUAAGAGGAGACUGGCCUCUGGUACCUGGCAAGGAGCCUGAGUUCAGAAUUCAGUAGUAGGUGUCACUGGCUGGAAGACCUACAGGAGCCAGGUGGGAACUAUAAGGGACACAGAAACAACGUGUGAUUAAUACGGAGUUAGAGAGAUUGCAGCGCACUAGAAGGAUGCCCCAUGAAAGGUACCUGCUCAUAGUAUUCCCAUAUUCUGGCGGAGCAGCAUGAGAAGAGUACAGAAAUUUUCAGGACUUCCAGAGCUGUCUCCUGUGGCCAAGAUCACGUGCAGGACAAAUAACUUAAAUAUUUGUGGAUUCCCUUAGACUCUAGAUGCCUCACGUUGGAACUGUUGCUGUGCCGGCAGGAAAAUGGAUUGAGAAGGGAGGUCUAGGAUUCCAGGGAUGUGGCUUUUGUGACUUAUCCAAUAUUCUUUCUUUCUUUUUUUUUUUUAUUUGUCAGAGAGAGAGAGCACAAGCAGGGGGAGUGGCAGGCAGAGGGAGAAGCAGGUUCCCUGCUGAGCAAGGAGCCUGAUGAGGGACUUGAUCCUAGGACCCUGGGAUCACGACCUGAGCUGAAAGCAAGACGGUCAACUGACUGAGUCACCCAGGCAUCCUGACUUAGUGUUCUUGGUGACUCAUAGAAACAGCUUUCCUGAGUUGCCAGUUCAUGCUGCCAGAGGCGGGACUACUCCCAAGGCACGAGAGAGAGAUGAUGGAGUAAAUAGGGUUGCCCAUAGGAUUUAAUUUGUCUUUUUCCUAUUUUCUUAAGGUAGACUAUGUUAUUUAUUUGAGAACUCCCUUUUAAUAUAGUCAUUUUUUAAGUUUCCCUAUAACUACUAUGUUAGCAGAAUUCCCCACAUUUUGAUAUAUUGUGCAUUUGUUUCAUCUAAGAUAGAAUUAGUUUAAAAUUGGACUGAAAAAGUUCUAACUUUAUUUCUAGGGACUUCUGAGUAUCUAUCUUUUGACAAUCUGCUAAGAUAAGGGCUGUGGGAUUUAUUAUGUAUUGUUUAAUAUCCAAAAAUUUUCUGACCACACCUAGUCCCAGUUUGGUUGCUGAUGGUUUCCAGUUGACAUAAUUGUUAGAUAGUCUGGCUUGACUGUGUUACCAGAAAGGCAUAAAAACUCCUACUGGAGUCUUCUGAUUCUCUGGAAGCCAGGUUCUUCAUUCACAUAUUUGUGGCUUAAUCUGGGAGUGAAUCACAAGAGUGUGUGAAUAAGAAUCUGGGAAACCGCGUGGAUCUUUGACCCCCAGUAUGGCCCUGCAUUUCUUUCUCUUGCUAUGUUAUAUCCUUUGCUUUUAAGAAAACCUCAUGUGAGUAUGUUCUGUGGAGUCUUGCAAAUAUUUUCACUUACAAUACUUGUGAAGUGUUUGUAGUUGGUGAUGAGAAUGGGAUAUUUAACAUGACCCCUGAUCAUAAUUUAAAUAAUAAUGACUAAGAGGGGAGCGCCUGGCUGGCUCAGUUGGUAGAGCAUGUGAUUCUUGAUCUCAGGUUUAUGAGUUCAAGCGCUGCACUGAGUGUGGAGCCUACUUUAAAAAAAAAAAAAAAAGACUGCACAGGAAGAAAGAGGCUGGUGAAGAAGGAUUUUCAUUCACAGGCUGGUUUCCAGGCCACCCCUGCGUUGCGUAUGCACAAGUGCCACACUCAGAAACCAGAGGAAAAACAUAAGUGAGCCCUGGAGUCUGUAGGUCCAGGCUGAAUGGAUCGCAAAUCAAAUACGAACUGAGGGGAUGCCAGCCAAGAAUGUGGUUCCUCGGCUGCCCCCCCCCCCCCGCCUUUUCUGCAAAA